UGUAUGUGUGCGUGUGUUGCGACUGCCGCUGGUGGUGCCCUCUCGGCCUUUGGCUUGGGAAGCAGGUUUCAUGGACAAAUAAAAUGAUAGAUCAGAUGGACAAACAGAUGGCAGAAAGAGAGAUACUGGGAAAAUAUGGCUCAGACUGAAGUACUUUCUUACAGGACCCAGCUGAAUUUGAUGGGUCAGGAAGCUGGAAAACCCACAUGGCCAAAACCAGCAGGAGGCUAUCAAACUAUUACAGGGAGAAGAUAUGGAAGAAGACAUGCCUAUGUCAGUUUUAGACCAUCUCUGAUGAAUCAAGAAAGAUAUUCAAACCAACACACAGAAGAAUGUGAAGGAUUAGAACUAGACAGUGUUGUAAAAGAAAAUUUAUUGUGUUCCAGUCCACAUGUCCAAGUAUGUUCUCCAUUGGUAGCUACAUCAUUAUUACCAAAUGUUGGAUCAGAAGAACCUGUUUGUGAAGCUGAUUCUAGCCAAGCUAUCAACACAGAUACUUCCAUGUUUCCUCCAACAUGCUACAAUUUGUGUGAUCACCAAAAUGUUGCCAACAAUGAGAAUUCUAAUGACAAUGAGGAGUCUACUUCUGAAGAGUGCAAUAAUCUUCAUGACCAGAAUGGAAUUGCCUUUGUAAACAUUGACUCUUAUGAACCAGACAGCAGUGAUGGAGAGGAAGAUGGUUUCCAAAGUGCUAUCGCAUUAGCUAAAGAAGAAACAGAACUAUUUCAAGAAAAACUGGACAAUAUGCUUUCCAGGUUAGAAAAAGAUAUGGACUCCUUCAGUGAUCUGCAGUCACAUCUACCUAGUUUCAGUCAUAAUACCAUAAGUAAAAGUUUUGAAGAUCUUAGAUUAGUGCCUUUUAGAAGACUUUCUAGCAUAGAAUCAGAUACUGUUUAUCAAAAUAAAUCACUUUUGAAAAUAUCUAAUGAAGAAACUUUAGCAAAAAGUAACCGUGUUUCUACUUGUGAUUUAGAACAGAAAAUCAGUAAUACAGCUGAGUCUACAAUUAGGACACAUGUAGGAAUUUGUAAUGCACUGAGUACUACAAGCAUGAAGAUGGACCAAGAGAAUUCAGCUGAAUUGGUAGUAAGACCUAAAGUUAGAAAACAGAAUCCUGUUAGCGAGAUUGAUAAAAAACAGUCUGUAGUGAAUGAAGAGGAAGAAAAGAGAAGUAGUAAAAUGUGGAAAGAUAAUGUGAAUGACCAGCAAUGCAAUGCUGAAAUUAUCUCAAAGCAUAAUAAAGAAAAAAAAUCUAAUAUGGUUUUUGACCCCAAAGAGUAUGAAUUGGCUGAAAAGAAAGUAAAAAAUGAACCAAGGAAACAAAAGUCAAGUCUUCAAGAAAAAAUUAAAAUAGAUGAUAGUGCUUUCUGGGACGAAUUUGAAGAUUGUGGUAGAAAUCUAUCUAGUUCCAACAAAGAUGAAGAUGACAGCUCAGAAUGCAGUGAUGGUGAAUGGUCUGCAUCCCUGCCUUCUUAUUUUUCUGUGACUGUGAAAGAUCAGUCCUCCAGUGAUGAAAGCUGGGAGACACUUCCAGGCAAAGAGGAACAGGAACCUGAAGAGCAGAGUGAUAGUAGUGGUCUGGAAGAGGAACAUAAUGAAUUUGGUUUCCAAUCACGGGAACAGACAUUGCUAGAGGAUGGAGAGAUUCCUUGGUUGCAGUAUCAUGAAGAAAUCGAAAGUAGCAGUGAUGAAGAAAAUGAUCAAGAUAGCCAUUUUGUACAUCCUGGCUUUUUUAUGUUGGAUGGGAACAACAAUCUAGAAGAUGAUUCCAGUAUGAGUGAAGAUCUAGAUGUUGAAUGGAGGCUGCUUGAUGAAUUUGGGGAUGGUCUUGGGGUUGCUCAAGCAAUUUCGUAUGUGGAUCCCCAGUUCCUUACUUAUAUGGCCUUGGAAGAACGAUUGGCACAGGCAAUGGAGGUAACAAGCAUGUUCAUGGAAAUGACUUAUCAGCGUCUACAGACCGCUCUAGCUCAUCUAGAGUCUCUUGCGAUUGAUGUUGAGCAGGCUCAUCCACCAGCUAGUAAAGAGAGCAUAGAUUGUCUGCCACAAAUUAUUAUUACAGAAGAUCACAAUGCUGUAGGGCAAGAACAGUGUUGUGCUAUUUGCUGUAGUGAGUACAUCAAAGAAGAAAUUGUAACAGAGCUUCCAUGUCGCCACUUCUUUCACGUGACAUGCAUAACGCUUUGGUUACAAAAGUCUGGAACCUGUCCUGUGUGUCGCCAUGUGCUUCCUCCUGGGCUCUCAGAGUCAGCCACUCCCAUGUUUACCUUCUUGCCCGAUCAGGAUUCUACUUCUUCAGUCCAGAGUGCCUCGGGAACACAAUAAAGGAAUACCUGAACAAGAAUUUAGUCCAUCACAUUGUACUGUAAAGUUCUUUUAUUUAAUGAUAAUAUGAAAUUGGUUUUGUGUGUGCGCAUGUGUAUGUGGCAUACUAUACACACAUACAUAAAAACAUGUAGAAAUUCCAACACACACAUUUUGCAAGAAUGCGAGCUUACAAAAUGGUUUAGAAUUAUAAUAAGAAUAACAGACUGAAAAAUAAAAAGGUUGCACUAGUUUUCUGCGAUAAACUUAUUGCUCUUAACUAAUGUCAAAAGGUAAUUAUUCAGUUUGUCUUGAGAAAUGAUCAUUAAUGUGGCACUUAUAUUCAAAGUAAUGCAGCUGCAGUGCAGUUGGAGCUUACACAAGUUAUGCAUAUGAUAUGUUUUACUUAAUAUAAUUUUAGAGGCUGGGGCUACUUCUCUUAAAAUAGUGCCACUUAAUUACUUUGUAUAUAACUCUUUCAUAUUUGCAUCAAAUGUGAAGAAGUUCUGUGAUAACAUCAGUAGCAUUCUUUGGUUUCACUGAAAAUAAACAGCAUAUAAUCAAAGAAUUACCCUGUGAUUUCAUCAUGACCUCUGUGUGCAUGAGAGCUUUUGUGACUAGUACAAAAUAGGUUUAAUUUGGAUUAUUUUACACAGUUCAAAAUCUACACUUUCACAUUCCUGUUACAAGAAUUGAGGAAACAGCAGCAGAAUUAUAGAAGGCUUAUAGAACUAAAUGGCUUGAUAUUAAAAGUAUCCGCAACAGCCUUUCAUUGGAGCAACAGGUGCUCAAAACAAGCACAUUUUCGUAAGUACAAGUAUUCAUAUAAUACUGAUACACAAUGGAAAUCGGGUGACCUGUUAUUAGAAAACCAAAAUAGCCUUCCUGUGCAGUUUCUUAAUGUAUUUAGUUUCUGCCUCCUUAUAGUAUUGUUUUGUGUGAAACUACAGUUCAUUUCAGUAAAAUAAUGAAUUAACUUAUUAACUGUAUUCACUACUGUAGAGAUUAAUCAAAAUGAAAGUUUUUGUUUUAGAAAUUAGUUUCUUAUAAUUAAAUGGAAACAUAGCAUGCAUUAAAUGGAGACAGGGUAUAGGUUAUUUUAUUGUACAGUGCCAUAAGAUAUGCUUUCAGAGGUUCCAGCCAUAUCUUUUUCAAUUAAUUUGAUAUUAGCUGGAUUGAGCCUUUAUAGAGAAAGAAUCUAAUGACUACAUUUUUUUUCUUCUUAACUAUAGUUAGAAUCUGUUUUCUCUCCCCCCCCCCCCCCCCCAGGAAAAAUACAUUUGCAAUAAAACAAGCCCAUAAAGGAUUGUGGGGGUGGAAAUCAGUGAGGGAAUAAUCCAAAGGCCAUCAGCUAACAAUUUCUAGAGUAGAAGAGAAAAACAGUUGGGUUCAGUUUCACAAUGGAAUAGACUAAUUAUUAUUAAGACUUCCAGAGCAUUAUUGCACUCCCACUAUUCUGCAUUGCUGAAGAUACAACCUUACCAUUUUUUCAGGACUAAAGGAAAGGGAAAUUAUGUUCUCAGUUGCCUAGUUACAAGAUGUUUUCUUUCAUUUUUUCUAAAAAGACGAGGUAAAAAUUCGUAGACCGUUUGAUGCGGAAAAUCAAACUUUAGCAUUAAGAUAAAUUCCUUUUUUAACCACAGAAGACUAGGUUCCCCUGGCUUCUUGGUGACAUAAAUAUAUGAUAACAAAAAUUGGGCAUUUUCUUUUCUCAGCAAUAUAAAAGAUGCUUCUUGAAAACUAAAUUUCAUAGAUUACCUGAAUAAACAGGCAUUCUGCAAUUAAACUAUUGCAAUUAAGUGACUUUUUGUACAAGUAUAUAAUCUAGGGACAUGAUCAAAAUCUAUGAUCAUACAGCUCACGUAUCUUCUGUAUUGCAGAAAUAAAGCUGCAAAGAACUACAUUCUGCUCUCCCCUCAUUAGGAUAACCUCAUAAGUCUAAGUUGGGUAUGAAACUCAGAUUGCAGCGUCAUGUGACGUAUUGGGACUUUUUCCCCCUUCGCUAAACCAGGCGUGGCCAGCGCGUGACGCAUCUGGCCCGUGUGCCAGGAGUUUUGACAGCCCUGGUCUAAGUGCUAUUGCUAUUAUCAAGCAGCCUUACUUGCUUUAUUGCUUCAACAUAGAUUCCAAUGUUGAAAGAACUACCUUUAAACAGUAUUAUGGCAAUGCUUAAGUUAAUUUGUAACUACUUGUAACCUGAGAAGUAAGCAUACAGCAGAUUCAAUGUUGUAAUAUUUCUUUCAAUUUGAGGAGGUAAAGUAUGUAAGUUGAACUCAAAAGAGAAGCAAAAAAUAGUUUUUUUUAAACAUCAUAGGAAAUAAAUACAAGAUUGAUCCUCGCACCUGUGACGAGCUAUUAGUCCAUAAAUCUUGUGGAUGAGUUACUGUGUCAUUUAUGUUAAUUUUCCACCCUGCAUUUUUGCAUCUGAACAGCCAUUCAACCAGCACUGUAUCUAUAGAAACAGAAAUAGAAUCUAAGGUAAUGACUGCCAUGAGCAUAUGGCAACAAAUUUUAUGCUUUUGUUUGUCCAUACAAAUGGAAAAAAUACAUAUAUGCAAUGUAAGUGAAGUAAAUAAAGUCAAUAAUGUUAGAAAGCGAAAAAGCAGGGUUAGUAGCCAUAAAUUUUGGGGUUUCCUCUUGUCUGUCCGGAGAUUUCAUCUCAACAAAAUGUCUGCAACUGUCAGCCAAUCCUAACUAUGUACAACUGGAAGCUACAUGGAGAAGUAAAGUUCAUAAUUCUCUCCAUUGAUAGAAGAAAGGUUCUAUACAAGCAAGAUUUCAGCAAUUUGAAUUGACUGAAAGCUCUGUUGGGAAAAUAAUGCAUCUACUAGAUGUUGAGUGCUCAGGGAAAUAGCUUUUAGCAGUCAAAUAAGUCCACUAAUCCAAGAGCUGAUUCAGACCAAUAGGAACUAUUCACUAUUUCUAAAUCUAAAUCAUUUGGGCUUGUAUUAGAUUAGCUUUUUCUUGUAUUGCCCUAAUGCCACCAUCAGCUUUAUUUCCUAGAAAACCUUUCUGGAUGAUGUCUAUAUAAACUUAACAUGUUGCCUUUUAUAAAUAUUGAAGUAAGUCCCAAAUACUGCAAACAGCAUUUUUCUGUACAAAAAUCCUUUGGCAAUGCUGCUUCAGCAGUAGGUAAACUGUCUUUCCUCUGUUGUCUCUAAAGCUUUGACCCCGUUGGCUCCCCUUUCAUUAGAAAUCAAUUUUCUCUUGGCCUGUAAAACUUGUUCACAGCUUUAAUAUUUCACUAGAGUGUCAUUUCAUCCAAAUUUCAUCCAAAUUUGAAUUUGAGAGUUUUCUUUUAGCCUUUUCUGUCUUUAGGAUUAGAAAUGUUAAGUAGGCUACCUACAGAGGGUAGCGUUGAAUAUUUUGGAUGUAUUUCUAUUGUUACCAGAGAUAAAACUCACCUUUCCUUUACAAGCUAAAAAUGACAUGUAUAGGCACUCUGCAACCUUGCAAAAUAGGCUAAGGGAGAAUGGUGAAUCCAAAGGUCACCUAUUAGGCCUUCAUAGCUAAGGUUGGAUUUGAUUAGACCAACUUAACCAAGAUACCACAAGGGUUUUAUUAUUUGAACAGGUGCCUCAGAUUUUGUAUAGACUAAAGACCUAAUGGAGACUUUUUAAAUCAUAGCUUUCCUCAAAUUAAGAACUGAGCACAACAGAUACCAUACGCUUCUGCAACAUGCUACCAGUUUCACCCUGUAAAUCCUAGUAUACACCUCCAUUCUAGUUACAUCAAUCAUUAGCUACAAUCUCUUUAAGCUCUUAGAAGGACACAAGCCUCUUGGAAUUGCUUCCCUAGCUUUAAAAAGUUGCACAAUCUUGUGCUAUGAUGUGAGCAUGUAAACUAAACUAAUUUUCUGUGUAAAUUUGAAACUACUUUCUCCAUACUUUUUGGAUGUGUGUAAAAAUAAAUAGUUUCUCUGUUUGAAUA